AUGCGCAUACUCAGUAUCGUUCCGAACACCGCACCCAGCGAACGCGAGUUCAGCAAGAUGGGUGCCGUUCACACGAAGGAGAGGAGCCGUCUCGCAAACGAGCGAGUCAGGAAGAUGGUCGCGGUCAAAGACGACAUAACACGACUUCUCCCUUCCCCUCAAGUUCGCCACACUCCCCGCGUUGUCCUUGAGCCGACUCCAUCCAACACCGACGCAGAGAACGACGCCCUUGACCCGACAGCAGACGCUGAACGUCCUGAAGGUUCGCUGGGAGAUCCGGAAACCGACAGCUCGGACGAACAGCUUUCAUUCUCAGCGAUCGUCGACAACUUCCUGGUAGCUGCAGCACUAUUCGACCACGCCGCCGAGACGUCGACCACCCAUGCCGUGCCCAAUCCCUCACCUGAUGUGUCUAUAGUUCGCGCGCAGGACUUGUAUGACCUCCUCCUUAGCACCAUCUUCGAUUACAGCUCUGCGGCCUUCGCCAAGGUUGCGCACGAGGUAUGGACCGAAGGUGCGCUCAUGCUGGAAGCUGAGCUGCGUCAUCACGAACACCCUCCUCCUAUCACCAACCCCACUACGCCUUCGGAUGUCUAUCAGCGGCGGUGCUCUGGCUUCCGGCAGUCCAAUCUCCGCUCAAUAAAUGUUGCACACUCUCCUUGUCCAUAA